UCUGCUGAGCGUCACCUCCACACAGCAAGUGCCUUUACUUGAGCAGAAGAGAGUGAAGGAAGAGGAGGGUAGCUGCGAGAGAGAGUGAGAGAGAGAGAAACCCAGGAGUGGGUCUGAACGCACCAGAGGAGCAUCUCCCUGACUUUCGCAGAGAGGGCUGAGAAGUGCAGAAGAGACUGACGGGCAGAGAGGCACGCGGCGUUGGAGCAUCACAGCGCUGGUGGUGCUGGCAGAGGAUGCUGAGUGGAGACCGGGGAAUCCACUGGAGCAGUUGAUGCUGGUGUCCCUGGCAAAGAGCUGCUCGAGCAAAAGAGACAGAGAGCAGCGCAGCAGCCAGGAUCUUGCCAGAGGGGCAGCAUUUUACACCGACAACGAAGCGUGGAGACGGCUGAAACCUGCACACACACACACACACACACGCAUACAAACACACACAUUCACACAGACAAAAGGACAGUCAGACACACUGCAUUUACAGGAUUCAGCACUAGGAAACUUAAAGACUGAGAAACCGGAGGACAGCUUCAAAAUGUUUCCUUGUCUUGGUCAAGGAUGGUGAAUGCUGGAGAGGAAAACUUUUGGAGAGUAAAUUCUCUUGCCAUUUUGCCAUUUUUCUUUUCUUAUUUUUUGGAGUUGGGCGGUUAAACCCUCUAUCUGAGCACAGCACAAAACAACCUCUAUUCUUAGUUGCAGAAUUUUGAGAGCAGUCUUUGUGACCAUUAAGAUGCCUCCUCCUGAUUCAGUCUGAGCAGUAAGUGGAUUAUGAUGGCAAUAUUUUGGGGUUUCUCUUUUGUCUGAAAAAAAGAAGAAGAAAGAAAUCUGAAAUAUAUCCAUGACUGGUGGAUUUACGCCUAUCAGAGAAGGAGAGGAUCCUGUGCGUUUUCCCCUCUCUCCCCUGGUGGAUUACAGAUGGGCUUUGUGAUCUCCCGGCACAGUCUCAUGGAUGAUCGCUCGCUGCUAGUGAUAAGGAUCAAGUACAAAGAGGGACACAAGUGGCUUGGGCACAAGCAGAGAUUGAUUGAAGUGAUCUGUGAGAAUCCUAUUAAUGCAUCCUGGAUUCUGGCCAAGGCAGAAGCAAUGGAGGGGAACACCGCUGUCUAGCAGCACUAUCUGAUCUGCCUCCUCACUAGACAAACUGAGGACCCUUUGCACCCCCCUCCUCAACAACACUCUUCCUCUUCCUCCGCCUACCAGUCCUACCUAUCAGCCAGGCAAGGAUGGUACCCCCACCUCCCACCAACAAGCCCCACGUGUGCCUGUCCACCAUCCUGAUCAUGAGCAGCAUGGCGCUGAUCGAUGCCUACCUGGUGGAGCAGAACCAUGGACCACGCAAGAUUGGCAUCUGCAUCAUGGUGAUGGUGGGAGACAUCUGCUUCCUAAUUGUCUUGCGCUACGUAGCGGUGUGGGUGGGUGCCGAGGUGCGCACGGCCAAGCGAGGCUAUGCCAUGAUCCUCUGGUUCCUUUACAUCUUUGUGCUGGAAAUCAAGGUCUACUUUGUGUAUCAAAACUACAAGGCGGACAGGAAGAGCUUGGAUGCUCUCGCAAGGAAGGCACUCACAUUGCUGCUGUCCGUCUGCAUUCCGUUGCUGUUUGUGGUGCUGGUUGCUAUCGACCAUAUGGAGUAUGUGCGCGCUUUCAAGAAACGUGAGGAGAUCCGGAACCGUCUCUUCUGGGUGGUGGUGGACUUGCUGGAUAUUCUGGACAUCCAGGCCAACCUGUGGGAGCCGCAGAAAAAGGGACUCCCUCUGUGGGCGGAAGGGUUGAUGUUCUUCUACUGCUACAUCCUCCUGCUCGUUCUGCCCUGCGUGUCCUUGAGCGAGAUCAGCAUGCAGGGCAUCAACAUUGUGCCCCACAAGAUGCUCCUGUACCCCAUCCUCAGCCUGGUGACCAUCAACAUCAUCACGCUCUUCAUCCGCGGUGGGAACAUGAUUCUGUACAGGGACGCCAGGGUUUCUGGGAUCCUGAUAGGAAAGAACAUCCUGGCCAUCAUCCUAAAGACCUGCAGCUUUGUGCAGUACAGGAGACAGUUGCAGAACGCUCCUCCUGCCUUUGGGGUUGAGCUGCAGAAAAACUCUGGGGCCCACGCUCGCCCUGCCCCCACCCCACCUCAAGUGGUCAUCCAGGACCAGACGGCCCUUCCCGAGGUGACGACGUGUGAACACACAUGACAGAACAGGGAGCCGAAUCGUGGAAAUGUCUAUGUGAAAAUGUAUGACCCUCAGGACACUGGCAGGGCACAAUGUUCCACACCUUUAGGGUACGAGAACUCUCAUGUGGACACACAGGUGAUCAUCACCUCUACUGCUUAAUGGCACACAGGACACUGCAGACACUAGUGCUGUAUCCAAAGCUGUCAUGGUGCGAAAUACAGUAUCCCCCUUGUGAGUUUGUUUAAGCAUUUCCCCCUGUGAAUUCAGUCGACUGUGUUCCCCCCCCAAUUGUUUAAAAGAAAAAUGGCAACUACUGCAAGAUUAGAGGAUAUAUUUUUAAACUGUGUGUUGUUCUAAUCUUCACCUUUAGGGUCUGUGUGCUGUGGUGUGUUUUUCUGUUGCUCGAAUGUACUUAGUAGUUGAGGGCUUUAACAAGUCAGAGAGUGCAACCAAUGAGAGAAUCAAAGUAACGAGAAUGGAAACAACAGUUCAAGCUUUCUCUUGAAAGACGUGUGUUUUUAUAUGUGAUUCUUUGAUAAAGUAUUGUGUACAAGAUAAAGGCUUUAUUGCUCUUUCA